CAGUGACGCGAGCGACCGGAUUUAACCGCCGACAGCAUCCUCGUCGUCGUCGUGUUCCCGAACGUUCCACUCGCCUCCAUAUAACCCACCCACGAGAGCGGCGAGGCGGCCCGUAAAUUUCCCCACUUCCAUAAGCAACCUCCCUCCCUCCGCCGGCCGAUCAAUCUGCGGUGCCCUCCUUGGCUCGGCGACAGGCGUCUAUCUAGGAACAAAAUGGAUGGGAACAGAGUAGCUCGAAUGUCAGUCACUUGGAGAAGCAGGCAACUUGAUGUUGACGCGGAUCCAAACUGUACCGUGAAAGAAUUCGGCCAGCUGCUCCAAGAUUUGACUAACGUAAAACCAGAGACGUUGAAGCUCAUAGUUCCACAAUCUACAACUAAAGGCUCCAAGCUGAUCAUGCCAUUUUCGGAUUCCCAUUCAGGCUUAACGCUGAAAGAAGCUGCUGUUAGUGAGGGUAAGCCUAUUAGAAUGAUGGGUGUCUUUGACGAUGAAAUUGAGGAAGUUUCAGACAAUGGCAAAAGACCUGAUAUGCGGAUAAUUGGUUUUGAUGAGGAAGAACAACGGCUGAGGCAACGAUCAUCAGGCAGGCCCAAGUUUUCACUCAAACUUCCACAGGGGCAAUACAUCUUCUGUGAUUUUCGGACACUUCACUUACCUGGGAUCGAGCUGAAUCCACCACCUUCAGAAGCUCUGAAAAGAAUGCACAUGCUUGCAUGUGAUCCUGGCAUAAUUGCGAUCAUGAACAAGCAUAGAUGGCGAGUGGGAAUCAUGACUGAAAUGGCACCAGUAGGCUAUGUAGGUGUUAGUCCAAAGUGCAUUUUAGGUUUCAAUAAGAACAUGGGAGAGGAGAUAUCCCUUCGUCUAAGAACUGAUGACUUGAAAGGAUUUAGAAAAUAUGAAAGUAUCAAGAAGACUCUACUUCAUGAACUUGCACAUAUGGUGCACUCUGAGCAUGAUGCCAACUUUUUUGCUCUUAAUAAGCAGUUGAAUGAGGAAGCUGCUUCCUUGGAUUGGACCAAGUCAAGUGGUCAUGUGCUGAGUGGUCGCAAAAUCUUCGACUCCUAUGAAGAUGAGUUUGUUCUGGAACCGGAUGCUGAUGUUGUUGGUCAUAAGCUUGGGGGAGGAUCAAGUUCGUCAGCAAGUGCUGGUGUGUUGUCGGGGGCUGCUGCUUAUCAGCGUCUCUUGAAUGCAGCUUCAACUGAUUUAGGGAGUUCCCAUAAUAGAGUUGUUACAGCCACAAAGAGAGGUAAUAUGCAAGGCACACAAGUUGAACCUGACCCAGAUGAUGAUGACCAAGAUUUAGUUCAGGAAAUUGUGAAGGUCGAGCCUGACCCAGAUGACAAUGAUGCCAUGCAUGUAGAUAUAGCAAUUGUGACAUCAGGGCCAUCAGGUAAUAUGCAAGGCACACAAGUUGAACCUGACCCAGAUGACAAUGGCAAAGAUUUAGUUAACGGAAUUGUGAAGGUGGAGCCUGACCCAGAUGACAAUGAUGCCAUGCAUGUGGAUGUAGCAAUUGUGACAUCAGGGACAUCAGGUUAUUCCGAGCCUGAUCCUGAUGAUGCUGGCGAGAAAAACUCUUUAAGUAGCCUAGAACCUGAUCCUGAUGAUUCCCCUGUUGUUGGCAUUCUUAACAAGGAGAUGAAGAUUGAUGUGAAGCAUUGCAAAGAACCUGAUCCUGAUGAUGGUGCUGGUGAAUUUGUCCUGGAUUCGGGAAACAAGAUGGAAGUGGAGAGGGAGCCGAGAGGUAACACGUCAGUUUUGAAGUCUGAACCUGAUCCUGAUGAUUCCUCAAAUGCUAUUCUGAACAAGAAGGUGAGCAUUGGCGACAAGCACAUGAGAGAACCUGAUCCUGAUGCUAGUACCUGUGGAGCUGUUAUGAAAUCUGGAAAUAACAUCGAAGUGGAGAUUAGACCGAGUAACUCCUUAAUUUUGAAGUCUGAACCAGAUCCUGAUGAUCAUGCUGUCGAUUUAAGCAGCAAUGAGCUGCAAAGGAUCGAAGAGCCAGUUACCGCUCUCUUUUCUCGUCUCCAAAAGGCUAUUGAAAUGCUUCGGUUGCAAGCAACACCUCCAGAGGCAGCUACAGUACUUCAGACACUCUUUAAGAUUAUCAAGAAUGUGAUAGAAAACCCAAAUGACAUUCGAUAUCGGAGAUUGCGUAAGUCCAAUCCGCAUUUCCAAAGGAGUGUGGCGAAUUAUAAAGCUGCGAUGGAGGUCCUUGAGUUGAUUGGCUUCUGCGAGGAUGUCGUCUCGGAUGAGAUUGGUCGUGCAGAGGCUUACUUGGUACUGAAAAGGAACGAUCCUGGAUUGCUGUGGCUUGUAAAAUCCUCUCUCGAAGUAUCCAUGGCUUGAUAACUUCCAUCUAUAGUUCCAUCUGUAUACCCUGUUGAUUGUAUACCUGUAUAUCAUGGUUUUUCAUUCCCUAUAGUAACUGGUUUCAGUGUGAGUUUCCUGAAUGGAAAUUUGCUCAAAUUGUAUAAUGAGAAUGAGAGCAUCAAACAGUGUGUGUUGUUUGUCAGCUUCCCU